ACAGCUAAAGGAAUUAACAAUCUAUUUAUAACAUCAGCCUGCUCUGUCCUUUUUGGGGUUAUUGAAAUGAUCAUCUCGUUCUGCAAGACACGUCAGAUAAUAUGCUUGCAACAUCACACUGUUGAGUAUACUAUACCACGGACAUCACACAGAAUAUGUUACCGUCGAACUCCGGUCCUCUUUAGAAGCAGACAGCAGGAUGAAUUCAAUACGCAGACUCAGCUCCUUUAUCAAAAUGAAUAAAAUGCCGUAUGAUAAAUUCACUUUCCACUUUCAAAACUUGCAACGAGCCCCACGCAGAAGAGAGACGUGGCUGUGCCAGAUUCUGAGAAUGAAAGAGGGGGAGCCAACUUUACAGGUGUUCAAAAACAAAGGGUCCAAACACGCAGAACACAUCUGCUUGCGGGCAAACGAAGCUGCGAUUCGAGGCGCUGAUCGAUAUGAAAUAACCUGGUACAUCAGCUGGAGCCCCUGCGAUGAAUGCGCACCUCAAAUAAUUGAAUUUGUGAAGAAGCACCCCAAUGGGAGGCUGAAUAUCUUUGCCUCCCGGCUGUAUUACUGUGAAGAACCUGACAAUCUGAAAUCAAAAACACCUGAAGAACAAACUGAAAUUAAACAAAAAAUUCAACGUUGCAGAGAGGGCUUAGGCAAUCUUGAAGGACAUGGCAAAAUUUGCUUAAAAGUGAUGACCUUAAAAGAGAUUCAGGACUGUUUUCAUCGCUUUGUUGAAUUUAAACCCUGGGGAAAGCUUGAAGAAGAUUCACAUCUCUAUGCUGAGAAACUGAAAGAGAUAACUAAAGAAGAAAGAAAAAAGAAAAUAGAGAAAGACAAGGCUUCCGUUAAGAAAGACAAGGCUUCCACUGAGAAAGACAAGCAGACUUCCACUGAGAAAGAGCAGCGGAACCGACAGCGCGGGACACGGGUGUGAUCCAGACAAGCAGCAAUCUUUAUCUUCACUUACUUUGAAUCUGGUGAAGUCCAUUUGUAACCACAGGUAUUAGGGACCCCACAGCCUGACACCCCCACACUGUAGAUUCACUCUCCCUGUGCAGGAGGGAUUAGUCGCCCCACAGCCUGACUCCCCCACACUGUAGAUUCACUCUCCCUGUGCAGUAGGGAUUAGUCGCCCCACAUCCUGACAGUAAAUGAUCUUGACAUCUGUCUUGCUAAUGACCUCAAACAGAAGAUUUUUUUUAUAUUAGUAUUAUAAAUGAUUGUACAAUUAUCUAUAAACUGUAUAUAGUGAUACUGACCUGUUCUUCCUUUUAUUUACAUUAUAUUCCAGUGAAGAAAAAAUGCUCCUGUUUGAAAAAAUUAUGUUGCCUUGGUUAACAAGUCCUCCCCUGAAGAGGUAAAACGCAACGCUGGGAAACUGCUGGGUGUCUCAAUCAAUUUUUCUAUGUUCUUUGACGUACGCCGUGCCUUCCUUUGAGAACGAUGUGGUCAUCACUUUCAGUCUUUGAUCCAUUCACAUUUAAAUGAACGUGUGAAACCCUCUCACUCACAUUGUACAUUGAUUUGGGGCUGCUGCCUCAGUGCAGUAUAUUCAUGCUGCCCUCUCUAAUCAAACAUUCUUGAAGGACAUUCAAUCUCCAAUGUUUCAAUUUUUAUUCCUCCCAAUUUGCAGUUGUCAAUACCUGGUAUGGGAAGUAAAAAAAAAAACAACAACAAUUUACAGCUAUGGCUAAAAGUUUUGCAUCACCUAGAAUUUUGGGAUUAAGACCAUUUAAAACAAACAAACAAAAAGAAACAAAUAAACUACAAAAUGAUAUCGCAAAAGUCAUAACAGUAGUACAGCAGUAUUUCAUGUUAGAUUUUGAAAAUGUCACUUUCUGUUAGGUUCAUGGAAAACUGCAAAGCGGUGUGUAAUUCAAUAUGUUAACAAGGGAACAUUAUUCAGCAGCUUUCAUUGGACUCUAUGAAGCUGAGGGAGUUCAUUCUAUAUAGAGGGUGUGUAAUUCAAUAUGUUAACAAGGGAACAUUAUUCAGCAGCUUUCAUUGGACUCUAUGAAGCUGAGGGAGUUCAUUCUAUAUAGAGGGUGUGUAAUUCAAUAUGUUAACAAGGGAACAUUAUUCAGCAGCUUUCAUUGGACUCUAUGAAGCUGAGGGAGUUCAUUCUAUAUAGAGGGGGUGGAAUUCAAUAUGUUAACAAGGGAACAUUAUUCAGCAGGUUUCAUUGGACUCUAUGAAGCUGAGGGAGUUCAGUCUAUAUAGAGGGGGUGGAAUUCAAUAUGUUAACAAGGGAACAUUAUUCAGCAGCUUUCAUUGGACUCUAUGAAGCUGAGGGAGUUCAUUCUAUAUAGAGGGGUUGGAAUUCAAUAUGUUAACAAGGGAACAUUAUUCAGCAGCUUUCAUUGGACUCCAUGAAGCUGAGGGAGUUCAUUCUAUAUAGAGGGUGUGGAAUUCAAUAUGUUAACAAGGGAACAUUAUUCAGCAGCUUUCAUUGGACUCUAUGAAGCUGAGGGAGUUCAUUCUAUAUAGAGGGGGUGGAAUUCAAUAUGUUAACAAGGGAACAUUAUUCAGCAGCUUUCAUUGGACUCUAUGAAGCUGAGGGAGUUCAUUCUAUAUAGAGGGGGUGGAAUUCAAUAUGUUAACAAGGGAACAUUAUUCAGCAGCUUUCAUUGGACUCUAUGAAGCUGAGGGAGUUCAUUCAAUAUGUUAACAAGGGAACAUUAUUCAGCAGCUUUCAUUUGACUCUAUGAAGCUGAGGUUCAUUCUAUAUAGAGGGUGUGGAAUUCAAUAUGUUAACAAGGGAACAUUAUUCAGCAGCUUUCAUUGGACUCUAUGAAGCUGAGGUUCAUUCUAUAUAGAGGGUGUGGAAUUCAAUAUGUUAACAAGGGAACAUUAUUCAGCAGCUUUCAUUGGACUCUAUGAAGCUGAGGGAGUUCAUUCUAUAUAGAGGGGAUGUGGAAUUCAAUAUGUUAACAAGGGAACAUUAUUCAGCAGCUUUCAUUGGACUCUAUGAAGCUGAGGGAGUUCAUUCUAUAUAGAGGGGGUGGAAUUCAAUAUGUUAACAAGGGAACAUUAUUCAGCAGCUUUCAUUGGACUCUAUGAAGCUGAGGGAGUUCAUUCUAUAUAGAGGGUGUGGAAUUCAAUAUGUUAACAAGGGAACAUUAUUCAGCAGCUUUCAUUGGACUCUAUGAAGCUGAGGGAGUUCAUUCUAUAUAGAGGGUGUGGAAUUCAAUAUGUUAACAAGGGAACAUUAUUCAGCAGCUUUCAUUGGACUCUAUGAAGCUGAGGGAGUUCAUUCUAUAUAGAGGGGGUGGAAUUCAAUAUGUUAACAAGGGAACAUUAUUCAGCAGCUUUCAUUGGACUCUAUGAAGCUGAGGGAGUUCAUUCAAUAUGUUAACAAGGGAACAUUAUUCAGCAGCUUUCAUUGGACUCUAUGAAGCUGAGGGAGUUCAUUCUAUAUAGAGGGGGUGGAAUUCAAUAUGUUAACAAGGGAACAUUAUUCAGCAGCUUUCAUUGGACUCUAUGA